CAUAUGUGAUUGCUUUCUGCGUGUCCCUGGCAGUCGAAGUGUGAGCAUCCGAGGUCCCUUCCUGGGCAAUGCAAUUUCCAUGCAACAUUCAUGCCUGUGUGCUGGGGUUUCACAUUACAGGUUAUCUGUGUUAAAAUAACAGCAGUCCUGAGGGUCUGAGUCAGUUUUUAAACCGGCCGUGCUAUUGGUAGGGACGCGACAGGAUUACAGCCAAGACUUCCCUGCGUUUUCUGCCAAAAUCUCUGUCAGAUUUAAGACACAUGCUUCCUCAACCUUCAUGAGGGUUGCGAAAAAAGUUUGAAUCCAGAAUUGGGUUCCAGCCUUCUGUGGCUGCUGACAUUGGUGACCACACCACCUCCUCACAAAGAAGCUAGAACCUGGGGCAUAGGGUGGAGGGAUUUUUUUUUUUUUUUUAAUUUGCUGGUCGUGAGGUGAAUUUCAAGUGCUUUUCCAUGUCAAGUGCAAGUCAUGUCCACCUCCUGAUUAUUUUUGGAGCAUGAGAGCAUUUAAAUUUUUUUUUCAUCUCUCUCCCCGCAUAAGAUUGAGCAAAAACGUUCCUUGACUAAUUGAAGUCAUUUCAUUGGAUUUUGAUCACAACUGAUUAUUUGUUUUUUUCCAUGUGAAGUCUUGGGGUUUCAAACUUUCCUUCUGGAGAAUGCCUUUUGAAACAGUUUGCUCUCGCUGCCUGAUGUCAACUGCUUGGUAAACCAGUGGAUAUUAAAAUACUCAAAAUGUACAGACAAUGGGCCAUGCUGAAUGUUUUCAUGAUGUCUUCUCUGCAGUUGGUGCAGGGCUCCAGUUAUGAACAUGGACCAGUGAAGCGGGCAUCUCAGUCAACAUUAGAAUGGUCCGAACAGCAGAUUAGGGCAGCUUCUGGUUUAGAGGAACUGCUGCGAAUCACACACUUUGAGGACUGGAAGCUGUGGAGAUGCCGAAUGAAGCUCAAAAGUGUGACCAGCACAGACUCUCGCUCAGCAUCCCAUCGGGCCACCAGGUUUGCGGCAACUUUCUAUGACAUUGAAACCCUAAAAGUGAUAGAUGAGGAAUGGCAGCGGACCCAGUGCAGCCCCCGAGAGACGUGCGUGGAGGUGGCCAGCGAGCUGGGGAGGAGCACUGACACCUUCUUCAAGCCGCCCUGUGUGAACGUGUUCCGGUGCGGCGGCUGCUGCAAUGAAGAGAGCCUCGUCUGUAUGAACACCAGCACCUCCUACGUUUCUAAGCAGCUCUUUGAGAUAUCAGUGCCUUUGACUUCAGUACCUGAAUUAGUGCCUGUUAAAGUUGCCAACCAUACAGGUUGUAAGUGCUUGCCAACGGCUCCCCGCCACCCAUACUCCAUUAUCAGAAGAUCCAUCCAGAUCCCAGAAGAAGAUCACUGUUCCCAUUCUAAGAAACUCUGUCCUAUUGACAUGCUGUGGGAUGGCGACAAAUGUAAAUGUGUUUUACAGGAGGAGAAUCCACUUGUUGGAAUGGAAGACCACUCUCAUCUCCAGGAACUGGCUCUCUGCGGGCCGCACAUGAAGUUUGACGAGGAUCGUUGUGAGUGUGUCUGUAAGACGCUGUGUCCCAGAGAUCUCAUCCAGCACCCAGAAAACUGCAGUUGCAUGGAGUGCAGAGAGACCCUGGAGAGCUGCUGCCAGAAGCACAAGAUAUUUCACGCAGAAACCUGCAGCUGUGAGGACAGAUGUCCCUCUCACACCAGAACAUGUGCAAAUGGAAAACCAGCAUGUGCAAAGCAUUGCCGCUUUCUAAAGAAGAAGGCUGCCUGUGGGCUCCACGGUCAAGAAAAUCCUUGACUCAGAUUUGUUCCUAAGUUCCCCAUCCCUGACAUUUUAAACAGCAUGCUGCUUUGCCAAGCUGCUGUCACUUUUUUUCCCCCCAGGUACUACAAAAAAAUCCAUUUUACCCAGUCCCACAGUGACUCCAGAUCACCCUUCCAUUGCACACCAGCUGAGGAUUCCCUGGUUCACUGACAGAUGUCUUCCAACUGAGAUGGCCCUGCAUACCGAGAAUGGAGAGGAGGGGACCUGUGUAAACACUUUUUCUUUCUUUCUUUCUUUUUUUUUUUUUUUGGUGAAUGAAAUGGGUCUGAUCAUCCUAGAAUCAGUGGGGCCAUAUAAUUGAUUACUCCAAGCCCAUGAGGCAAUUUUAUAGUCUCCAAGUCCUUUGCUAAUGCAACUCUCUUGUGAACCAUUCUGACUCUUUAUUAUGCAGAUUUUGAUUUGUAGGAUCAGCCCUGAUUUUCUGAUUACUGUCCAGCUUGUAGUUUCGAGUUUACUGAACUACUGUCUGUUGUUUCAUAUUUAAGUGUAUUUAAAGAAAAUAAACACAAUUAUUCAGGCCAUG